CGUGCGCAUCUAAGCUGUGCCUCUUUUGGCCAAGGAGUCCAUCACAUCGUUCUCAGUCUGCGCACAUACUUCCUCUGGCAAACAGUAGGCUACUUGGAGACGCGAGGGGAGAAGCGGUGUAGUGUAUGGAGAGAGGGACCUUAUUUUUAUAGCCUAUAAUUUCCAAUAACCUACGCAAGACUGAAAUCUUUUGCCACUGAACUGUUUUAAGAAAUAAGAGGCGUAAGAAAGAAGGCAGAUUCAACGCCGAAAGGGAGAGAAUCGGCGUCAUUUCGGACUGCAUGCGCUUAUGAAGACUCCGCUUUGUGGAUACAAGGAGCGACUGCCCUAAAAAAUCCAAACUAAUGGUUCCGUGCGUUAAAAGUUAGCCGGUGAAUUUUUAGCACAUUUCUACACUCUUUUGAGAACUGGUAUAAGUCGACAUUGGAACUAAGAAAUUCUACGAAACCGGAAUACCUAAGUGGGGAUACCUAAAUUUACAACGCAUUUAUGGUAAGACAUCUAAGGGGGUCUUGAAACGGAAUUAUCGCUGAGCCGCAUGAGGGUUCGGAAUAUCGCGUUGUAGACUUAGUUUCAAGACAGCCCACCCGCUGCGCAGACUACACCUCUGAGUAAGGUUAUGAGGGAUCGAAGCUAAAGAUGGAGCUUUUCUGGAUUUUGUUAUUUUCUAUCACCCACCCAUACACACGAGGGCAAGGAGUUUACGCCCCUGCCAAUGCCCAGAUCUCGCAUGCGGGCCAGGCGUGCGUGGUGAAGGAAGACAACAUCAGUGAGAGGAUCUACACUAUCAGAGAGGGAGACCGCCUGGAGCUCCAAUGUCUGGUCAAAGGACACCCACAACCACAGGUGCGGUGGACCAAGACGGCGGGAAGCGCCUCUGACAAGUUCCAGGAGACAUCCAUCUACAAUGAGACGCUGCGCAUCGAUGGCAUCCAGCGGGUGCAGGGCGGCCGCUACUACUGCAAGGCCGACAACGGGGUGGGGGUGGCUGCCAUCAAGUCCAUCCGGGUAGACGUGCAGUACCUCGACAAACCCGUGCUGACGGUGCACCAGACCAUCAGUGAUGUGCGCGGGAGCUACUACCAGGAGAAGACAGUGUUCUUGCGCUGUACGGUCAACUCCAACCCCCCAGCCCGCUUCAUCUGGAAACGUGGCACCACGCCCAUAGAGCAGAGCAAGGAUACCGGAGUGGACAUCUAUGAACCGCUCUACACACAGGGGGAGACCAAGGUGCUGAAGCUGAAGAACCUGAGGCCAAAGGACUUUGCAAACUACACGUGCCAGGUGUCGGUUCGCAAUGUAUGUGACAUCCCUGAUAGCUCUGUCACCUUUCGGCUCACCAACGCCACCAGUAAGUGA